AUGGAAGAGUGUGCUCCAGGCGGUUGCCUGAUGGAGUUGUGUAUCCAGCUCAGUAUUAUCAUGUUGGGCAAGCAGCUGAUUCAGAACAAUUUGUUUGAGAUUGGCAUCCCAAAAAUGAAGAAAUUUAUACGAUACAUGAAGUUAAAGCGGCGGCGUUCUUUAGACCAUGAAGAGCACAUGAAAAAAAAGCAGCGUUAUGAAGUGGACUAUAACCUGGAGCCUUUUGCUGGACUUACUCCUGAAUAUAUGGAAAUGAUUAUUCAGUUUGGAUUUGUAACUUUGUUCGUCGCGUCCUUCCCGCUGGCGCCUUUGUUCGCUUUGUUGAACAACAUCAUUGAAAUCCGUCUAGAUGCCAAAAAAUUUGUUACUGAGCUGAGGAGACCGGUAGCAGUCAGAGCAAAGGAUAUAGGAAUCUGGUAUAAUAUCCUCAGAGGUAUUGGAAAGCUUGCUGUCAUAAUAAAUGCAUUUGUGAUCUCAUUCACAUCCGACUUCAUUCCACGCCUCGUGUACCUGUAUAUGUACAGUGAGAAUGGCACCAUGCAUGGCUUCGUGAACCAUACGCUAUCCUCUUUUAAUGUCAGCGAUUUUCAAGCAGGAACAGCUCCAAACGACCCCAUGGAUCUUGGCUACGAGGUUCAGAUAUGCAG